AAUGGCAGAGAGGCAACUGCAGCAGUUGGGUUGAUCCGCCAUGGAACCCACCAGGUGGGGAAAAAUACCAGAUGGUCCUAAUAUGGAUCUCAGCUUCCAUCGGGCGAGUCAGUCCCCAGAUAUAUUGCGGGAUCAGUGAUUUCCCGAGUUCUUUGAUCACACGGCAAAGGCUCCUGUUAUUUACACUGCUGUGGUCACACCAUCAGCGAAGUGACGACCGAUCCUCCAGCGAUAUAUGUUAUUCUCUUUCGAUUAUAAAUUUGGAUUUCGAACUCUUCCAGGAAUCUUAAAGGGUGGCAUUGCGUAACGCGUCAGUAGCGCCUCCUCAAUUUCGGGAAUGCAAUGGCGUCCGUGACGAGCUGCGUGAGCCGGCCUCGUCCCUCAAGCCCUAUCGCCUCCUCCCGUCGCGAUUCCCAUCGCGCCUUCAACACAACCAGUCAGAAGCACCAAGGGAGCUUCCAGCCUCUUCCCCGACCGCAAUGGCCCCUCCAACAGCGGCAGCCGUUGGGUCUUUCGCCGCGGCCGUCGUCGCCGUGCCGGCCAGGCCCUGCUUUUCAAAGCGACGGCAGCGGCAGCAGUAUCUCCCGGAAGGCAUUCCCAUCUGGUGGACGGCGAGACGGGUCAGCAACUAUCGACAGAGAACUCUCAGUGGAAGAUCCAGCCACGGAAGGUCCGGCUCUGCUCACACCGCCUUCACUGCCUCCCUCGCUGCUACUACCGACGGACUGCCUCUCUGUCGAGUCGUUGGGGGAAGACUCUCACCUGCUGGAGAGCCUGGGACUCACGCUGAGCGGGGGUGUGAGGAACCCUGCAUCUGCUGCUGUGGCUGGUGCUGCUUGGGUUGACACCGAGAGUCGGAGGAGCGAGAUCAUGCAGAACAAGAUCCGGCUCUUGGCGAGAAAGGCUGGGCAGCUGCGGGUGAAGGAUACGCAUGUAGACAGUGAGAAUCAAGAGGGAGGAACGAAGAUCGGUGAACGGAAAUUGGAGGAGCGAGUGGAAAAAUGGUAUCAACCUCCAUCGGUGCCAGAGCAGGCACGGGAGCAACAAGUGCAGCUGGGGGGACCACUGGUCGAAGGAUCUGACGACGGUUCUCAGCACGGGUUCAAGAUUCUCAAGGAGGAGCUCAAGUUCUCUCGCUACCUCAAAAUCUACAGCCGAGUCGUGCAGCACCCACAGUCGCCUCGUGCACUGCAAGACCCAGAGCGUGCCGCGGAAACCAGCUUCGUCACCUCCCCAGUUGACCAACUAGCAGCGCCUACUGCAGUUAAUGGACGUCGUGCGGGUAAUGGGGCUGCUUAUGGGGCGUCAGGCGCUAGAGGCCCGAUCGUGGCAGCCUGUGCUGCAGGAUCCGUGAUGCGGAGCAGGGGAGGUGUGAUAAUGGAGGGGGCCGAAGGAGGUAUCCAGUUCCAGCAGCAGCAGCAGCAAGAGGAGGAGGCGAAGGGGCAGAGGGCGAAGCAGCAGAAGGUGGUGGAGUACGACAUCGUGUCGUCCGCGAGCAGCCACUUCAUCUGCGUGUUGCCGUACCACUCGGCCACCAAGUCCGUCACCCUCCUCAAGGAGUACGCGCAGGGCGCCAACAGCCUGCUGUACACAGUGCCGUGCGGGGGCCUCAGCAGCUCACAUGCAUCGCUGGAGGACUGUGUCAGGAGUGAACUCUCAGAGGAGGCGCGCCUGCGUGGCGGUCGGCUUGUGAGGCUCAUCCCAGACGACCACCCAGGGCUGCUGGAGGUGAAGUGGUGCAAGAACCGCUUCACUCCCUUCCUCAUCAUCGACCCGCACACCGACCCCACGCCUCUUCCGCGCGACCCAGAGGAGUUUAUUCAGGUGCUGCACAUGCCGGCCAGUGACCUCGCCAGGCUGGCGCUGGGCGGCGAUAUGAUGCUGCCGUCUGUGGUGACGUGCACCAUGGGGCUGCAGUACCUGAGGGACCACCACCUGCUGUGAGCCAGUGACUGAGCUGUGACUGUAAGGGGCGAAUGGGUGCUCUGAGUGCAGGCUGCUGUCACUGUGCCGUACCCAUGCUGUGAAUGUGAGAGGGGAGGGUUUGUCUGGAGGACUUGAUCCUCGUGCAGCACAGGGCCGUCCGCGGCCUUGCCAGGGCGGGGACAUGCUGCUGCCCUCUGUGUGGUCAUAUGCACCAUGGGGUUACAGUACCUGAAGGGAAACCACCUGCUGUGAGCUGUGACUAUUUGGGGCAGUGGGCGGCUGGAAGUGGCCUCGUUGUGCUGCCCUCUGCAGUGGCAUGCAGCUUGGCAUGCAAGUUGGCAGUGGGUGAUGGUGGCAGGUGAUGGUAACAGUAGUGGGUGGAGGCACUAUGGGUGGUGACAGUAGUGGGUGGAGGCACUAUGGGUGGUGACAGUCGUGGGUGGGUUGUCAUAGAAAACGGAGUAUAGUGGUGGGGGGCGCACCUCGUGCCCCUCUACUACUAGAGCCCUGCAUGCACUCUACUAAUUUACUGCUGUGUGUGCAGAAUACCUAAUUGGCAAGCUUUCAAUUCAAUCAUUAGUCAUCGAGUAAUAUGUUAAAUUUUAAAUGUUCCCACUUGCAAAAUUUCUUU